UGUGGCUGCUUUUCGGUCUACUAAGGCUUAUCCACCGCAGCCGAACAGGUCGGUGCUGACAGGGGGGCAUCGGAUAGACUGGCGAAUGUCUGUCCCAUUUAGGCACUCCUUCUCAUCUCUUCACAUCCUUCCCCAGUUUCGGGCAUGAGAACAUGGCGGUAAAAACAAGAAAGCAAGGCGCCAGAGAUCAGCCAUCUCAAAGCACAGACAGAGAGAAAAGUCAAUUCGGGUCCCCAGCCCAGAACAGCAGCAAAGGCAGGCGACUGGGGAAAGAGGGGAAAGGAACCAAUUUCAAUAGCUUGCUCCAGAAUAAAAACGGACUCUUUCCAGGAACCACGUUCGUCAGAAAUAAACUGGGCCUUUCUCCGUCUGCUGUUAUAAAGAUCGGAAUCACCUUAAUUUUGGCUGCUGUGGCAGGACUUAUACAUUUGUACCAUCUGUCUUACCUCUUUGAGAAUGACAGACAUUUUUCACACCUGUCAACCCUGGAAAAGGAGAUGGCUUUCCGCACAGAAAUGGGUCUUUAUUACUCUUAUUUUAAGACCAUCAUUGAAGCCCCAUCCUUCCUGAAUGGACUGUUUUUGAUCAUGAAUGAUCGGCUCACAGAAUACCCUCUCAUCAUCAACACCCUGAAGAGGUUCAAUCUGUACCCUGAGGUGGUGCUGGCCAGCUGGUACAGAAUGUACACAGGUACAAUGGAUUUCUUCGGGAUCGCCACAAAGAUGUGCUGGUCCGUCAACAGAGGGGAGGGCCUGAGUCCGGUGGACAGCUGUGAAGGUAUGGGAGAUCCUGCCUACUUUUACGUGACGUUUGUGUUUCUUCUAAACGGGCUGAUGAUGAGCCUCUUCUUCAUCUAUGGUACAUAUUUAAGCGGCAGUCGGCUUGGCGGUGUGGUCGUGGUCCUGUGUUUCUUCUUCAACCAUGGUGAGAGCACCCGGGUCAUGUGGACUCCACCCCUCCGUGAGAGCUUCUCCUACCCCUUCCUGGUCCUGCAGAUGCUGCUGGUAACCUACAUCCUACGGAGCCGAAGCCCUGGAAGGAAGGCCCUGUUUGCUCUCGGCAUCUCUAAUGUGUUCUUCAUGCUUCCGUGGCAGUUUGCCCAGUUUGUUUUACUCACACAGAUUGCCUCCUUGUUUGCCUCUUACAUUUUGGGAUACCUUACACCGGCCAAGAUGCAGUCACUUUUAGUCACGCAUAUGAUCUCCCUGGGGGUGUGCUUCGUGCUCAUGUUCGGAAACGCGAUGCUUUUGACGUCUUUCUACGCCUCCUCACUGGUGUCCAUAUGGGGAAUCAUCGCUCUCAGAGACAGGAUCGGCAUAUUCUGCAAACCAGGAAUAGUCACAUGGGUCAUCCAGGUUGUCAGCUGGGUUGUCUCUACGGUCAUCCUCAAAUUUUUGAUGUCUGCGGUGUUUGGAGCUUCAGAUGAUGCCCACAUAAGCAGCCUGAUCAAGUCCAAGUUCACCAGCUACAAAGACUUCGACACCAUGAUGUACACGUGUGCGGCCGAGUUCGACUUCAUGGAGGCGGAGACUCCUCUGCGGUAUAUGAAAACACUGCUGCUACCUGUAAACCUGCUCAUCCUGGCAAUUAUCAUUGGGAAGACGGCGCGAGACGUUUGGAGGUUUUUAAGGCAUGGCGAGACGAGCCCGCCCAAGUCGGACCAAGACAGCUCUGAGCAGACUGCACUGUUUGCAAAUGGAGAGCUGGUCUAUCACACUCUGCAGCUGAUGGCAUUUGCUGUGCUGGCCGUCCUCAUCAUGCGGCUGAAGCUCUUCCUCACACCCCAGAUGUGUGUGAUGGCCUCAUUAAUCUGCUCCCGACAGCUCUUCGGCUGGAUCGGGGAGAAGUACAGGCAGCAGAUGCUCGUCUUCGGCAUCCUGUCUCUCAUGGCCAUCCAGGGGGUGGCCAACCUGCAGAACCAGUGGGGCAUCAUGGGAGAAUUCAGCAACCUGCCGCAGGAGGAGCUGCUGGAGUGGAUCAGGGACAACACCCGAGCUAACGCUGUGUUCGCCGGCGCCAUGCCCACGAUGGCGAGUGUCAAGCUGUCAGCUGUCAGGCCCAUAGUGAACCACCCGCACUAUGAGGACGCGGGGCUCAGGGAGAGGACCAAGCUGGUGUACGCCAUGUACAGCCGCAAGCCAGCUGAGGAGGUGAAGAAGAACCUGGUGAAGCUGGGCGUGGACUACUUCAUCCUGGAGGACUCGUGGUGCACCAGGCGCUCCCGGCCUGGCUGCAGCAUGCCUGAGAUCUGGGACGUGGAGGACCCCGAGAACAGCGGGCAGGUGCCCCUGUGCACCCUCAUGUCCCGGGACCCCCGGCCCUACUUCAGCACCGUCUUUCACAACAGCGUUUACAAAGUGCUCAAAGUCUCCAAGACCACCAAAGACAAGAGAUAACACGCAAGGGCCUCUGGGUUCUAAUGAAAGCGUGCGAGAGAGACUGCAGGCCGCCAAAAGCAAGCUAGCACUGUGUUCGAGAAGGCCACAGAGCAUUACGAUGCAUUUUGUUCACUUUAUUUGCCAAACUGUGAGUAUGAACGUCCCGUUUUAGGUGACAUCACUGUGUCGAGCAGUUCCGUCACCGUUCGUUGCCGCUGUGCUCCGAGCGCAGCGUACGUUUUCGAGAUACUUUUUAAACAUUUUGUUCCCUCUUCAAAGUACUAGGUCCAAAAUGUGUGUAUGUUAAUGUAUUUAUGUACGACUGCCUACACCAGUUUACAGCGUAGUCAGCAUCUGCCUUCAUUUCGUUUUGUCUGCAUCUGUACAUUCCAGUCAGUUCAUUUAGAUGUAGCAGAACUCGCAAUCGCAGCUGGAGGAAAAAAAUUCAGGCCGAGAACAGAUUCCUCCACUCCCCUGUACAGACGAGACGUCACUAUCAGUUACAGACUCCGAGCAGAGGAAUGCACACAGCUAUAUCUGGAUGGAAUGAUCGCUUCCGUUUCAUAGUUGGCAUACACGAGUAAAUUUGGCAGGAGUUGGUUUGUGUGGGUUGUCAUGUCUAAGAAGCUUAAAGUGGUUCUUUGUGAACUCCACAGUAGGAUCCUUCUAAUUGAAAACUUAGGGGUUUUUUAUUCCUCUCAUGGUAAAACUUCCUCCUUUGAAAUAGCUUUCUUUGCUUCCAGGGGAUUGUUCCUUACAGUAUGAAAACACAGUAUUAAUGCCAUUUUUUAUUGUACGGUAGUCUUCAAAUGAGGAAAAUGAUCUGUUAAAAACAGUAUUACACUGGUUUUCAUGUUUGGGAAAUGAAAGAUGGUACCACUGCUACCACUGGUGUGGAACAGUCAAUUUUGACUGUUUCUGUUGUGAAAAAAGAAAAUGGAAUAAUAGAUGUAUUUGUUAGCUAUUUCUAUACCACAAAUUAGGCAGA